ACGCGCGUCUGCGCAGCAGCAGCAGCAGCUUUGUGGGAAAAACCUGGUGUUUUUCAUAUAGUAUAUUCUCUGAAAACGCUGGAUUAAACGCCUGAUUUUCCACACAAGUUUCUACAUGAAGUAUUUUGAGUACUUCCUUUUUAUUUUUUCUGUUCUUCCGUGAGUCUAAACUCCUGGAUAAAUUGAAUUAAAAAUUUUUUUUUUUUUUUAAUCUUUUUUUUUUAUGGUUAAAACUCGAUAUUUAACCAACUGUGUAUGGACUGAAGCUGUGUGACUGUGGGUUUAGUUGGACUGACGAGCCUUCCACUGCCAACGCCUUUCCCCCCUCUCUCCGAUUCUCCGCUGGGAAACUUCAGCUCUCAUCGACCCGAGCGCGUUUUCCUUCAACUCAUGAGCUGCUGAGACCACAGUCCGACGCAAAGAAGUCGUUUGAGAGCAAAAAAAUGGGCUGCACCAUCAGCGCCGAGGACAAAGCUGCUGUGGAGAGGAGUAAAAUGAUUGAUAAAAACCUGCGGGAGGACAGAGAGAAAUCUUCCAGAGAGGUGAAACUGCUUCUGCUCGGAGCUGGGGAAUCUGGGAAAAGCACAAUAGUAAAGCAGAUGAAAAUCAUUCAUGAAGAUGGCUACUCAGAAGAGGAGUGCAAGCAGUACAAAGUGGUGGUGUAUAGUAACACCAUCCAGUCCAUCAUGGCCAUCAUCAGGGCAAUGGGCCAGUUAAAGAUAGAUUUUGAGGAAGCAGCACGGGCGGACGAUGCCCGACAGCUAUUUGCCCUGGCGAGCACGGCGGAGGAAGGGGUGAUGUCAGCAGGCCUGACCGGCGUGAUUCGGAGGCUGUGGAACGAUGGCGGAGUGCAGGCCUGCUUCGAUCGAUCACGAGAGUAUCAGCUCAACGAUUCUGCCGCAUAUUAUCUGAAUGACUUGGACAGGAUCUGCCAGCCAAACUACGUCCCCACUCAGCAGGACGUGUUGCGUACACGUGUGAAGACCACUGGCAUUGUGGAAACUCACUUCACCUUCAAAGAUCUCUACUUCAAGAUGUUUGAUGUCGGGGGUCAGCGCUCCGAGAGGAAGAAGUGGAUCCAUUGUUUUGAGGGAGUCACUGCUAUUAUUUUCUGCGUAGCACUCAGUGACUACGACCUCGUCUUGGCUGAGGACGAGGAGAUGAACCGGAUGCAUGAGAGCAUGAAGCUUUUUGACUCCAUCUGCAACAACAAGUGGUUCACGCUCACUUCCAUCAUCCUCUUCCUCAACAAGAAGGACUUGUUUGAAGAGAAGGUCGGCAAGAGUCCACUCACUAUCUGCUACCCCGAGUACUCUGGUGGUAACUCAUAUGAAGAGGCAGCUGCUUAUAUCCAGUGCCAGUUUGAAGACCUCAAUAAACGAAAGGACACCAAGGAGAUCUACACCCAUUUCACUUGUGCCACAGACACCAAGAAUGUGCAGUUUGUUUUCGAUGCUGUCACCGACGUCAUUAUCAAGAUUAACCUGAGGGAGAUUGGGCUCUACUAAAGCCUCAGGCCCUGCAGGUGUCAGGAGAAAAAACCAGGACUUCUGAGCUGGUAUGUCUUGUCUGUAGAGAACGAAUAGGAAAGUAGGCGUUGCUAAGGACUGAGCUGGUGACCAUGCAGCAUUCAGGACCUAAAUUCCACAAUUUGGAGACUAUGAUCACUUUUGUCUUAAUAUAUUUUACGAUGCAGUGCAUACUGGGAGGAAGUGAUAAGUCAGGGAAGGCUUGUGAAAUGAUCACUGUGAGUUCAUGUGGAGUCCUGUCAUAUUUAAGACCUUUGAAGAUCCAAGGGGCUGGCAGGUAAAGCCCUUCUGAUAUCUCUGACACAUUUAUAGUUUGUCUUUCAUCUGCACAAGGACCAAAACAGACUGCCUGUUUAUCCCAUUCAUUACUGCAUCACACAGUUUCACAGCUGACAUGUAAAAUCUAUUUACUUUUUUUGAGCUGCUUCUUCUCUUAGCUGUAAGUCUAUAUCACAUUGCUUUUAUUGAAUAUUUACAUUGGUUAUUUUAUUUUAAUUUUAAUUUUAAGUUGAAAUUAUAUAGUGUUUCCACUUUUGGAUGUGUGAAUGCCAUAACUUAUGUAUGAAAAAGAGUUUUCUGUGUGUAGUUUUCAUGUACAUAGCGUCACAUUUUGGGUUGUGGAUUAAUUAGCAAGAGUUUAAUGUACUCAUUAGCAACAUCGCUGUCUACAUAGUUAUUUUAAUUUUAACAAGACCAUAUUGUGUUGAACAAUAUUUUUUAUACUUGAGACAGAACACUGCAAAUCAAUUUGUGAAGGGAGCUCUUCAUUUUUAAAUUUUUUUUUUUUUUGGAGUUUGAAAAUGACUAAUUUUAUUCACUCACUGGAGGUCAAUGUAAAAUCUCCUGUUUUUGUUUUUUGUUUUUUUUUUGUUUUGUUUUGUUUUCAAGAUAAUUUUUAAUCCUUUGGAUAUCAGCGAAGAAGUAAAAAGUGGGAUAGUCUGAUAUGGCCAGAAGCUGUAUUUGUGUUCUUUGGCUGUGGCCCUCACAUAAUACUGAGGAAGUCUGUUGUUGAUAUGCUAUGAUAUGCUGGAACAGAGCAGAAUUUGGGUUAGAUCAGUCACUUCCUGCACAGAGAAGUCCUGGUAGCUAACUUUCCUGAAGGUUAAGAAUCUAAAUGUAUAGCUCACUAUAAGUUUCUGCAGUUGUAUUAGUUCAUUUCAACAUCAUUAAAUGAUGGUACAAAGCUG